AUGCCGAUGACGGUUGUUACCGGUCAAUUUUCGCCGGCGAUUAUCUCGAUUGGCUCGCGGCUACCUUCCGUCAAAUACGCCGCUCGAAGAGUCACUGCUCUCAUCCCCAGAUCAGCUCGAGCAGCUUCUGCUUCCAUCUCCUUCGAGACGAACUCGAGUGUGGAUUCUGUUGUGGAGAAAGAGAAGGACAUUCUAGCUUGCCCUAUCUGUUAUAACGGAUUAGUUUGUAUUAUUAUUUUUGGCUAUUACAGAGGAGCUACUGCCUCUGGUACGAAGUUACAAUGCAAUACGUGUAAAAGGAGUUACUCUGGUAAUGAGACGCAUCUUGAUUUGGCUGUGGCUAGUGGAAGCAAUCAGUACACUGAACCAAUGCCUCUUUCAACUGAGUUAUUCAGGACUCCCUUAGUUUCAUUUCUUUAUGAGAGGGGUUGGCGUCAGAAUUUCAUAUGGGGUGGGUUUCCUGGACCAGAGAAAGAGUUUGAAAUGGCUAAAGACUACCUGAAGCCUGUAUUGGGAGGGAAUAUCAUUGACGCCAGUUGCGGAAGUGGGAUGUUCUCUAGAUUAUUCGCUAAAAGUGAGCUGUUUUCUCGGGUGUUCGCUCUUGAUUACUCCGAGAAUAUGCUAAGACAGUGCUAUGAGUUCUUAAAACAAGAAGAAAGCCUUACUAACAAAGAGAAAGUUGUUUUGGUCCGAGCAGACAUAGCUAGACUCCCUUUUGUUUCGGGUUCCGUUGACGCUGUCCAUGCUGGUGCUGCUUUGCAUUGCUGGCCUUCUCCAUCCUCAGCUGUUGCAGAGAUAAGCCGUGUUCUUAGACCUGGGGGAGUGUUUGUUGCCACCACGUUCAUCUAUGAUGGCCCUUUCAGCUUUAUCCCCUUCUUGAAGAAUCUUCGCCAGGAACUAAUGAGAUACUCAGGCUCUCACAUCUUUCUGAGUGAACGUGAGCUUGAAGAACUCUGUAAAGCCGGUGGACUCGUUGGCUUCACUCGUGUUAGAAACGGACUAUUUAUAAUGCUCUCCGCCACAAAACCCACCAGAUAA